AUGCACACUCCGCGAGCUCUCCCGGCGCUCUGCCUCCGGCUCCUCCUGGUCGGAGUGUUCGGGAUACCCGGAAACGUGCACGGAGCCAGGAGCGCGACGCCACGACACCAUCUGCCGACGUACAUGAUGCGCCUGUACCGGAAUUUCAAGUCUAAUCAAUCUCGAGCCACGGACUACGCCGAUCUGGAGCGCGCGAGUCAAGCCGACACCGUCAAGAGCGUCAUGUCCAAGAGUUUGACCUAUCGAGAGAGACGCUGGGUCAUAAACUUUGACCUCUCAUCCUUACUGUCAGACCAACACAUUCAGGCUGCUGAGCUGAGGCUCCGUGUUCCCACAGUAACCAGCCGGGCCAACGUUACCGUAGAGAUUCGCCAUCAGCAGGAAGAGCCGUGUCGGAGCGUCUGCCUCUGGGACCAGCCUCUGGGUAUUCUCACCGAGUUGUCUCUGGUGAGCUCGUCCGCUCAGUGGAGGGUGUACAACGUCACCGCCCUGCUCUUCCACUGGAUGGAGCAGACGCUCGCGCGGGGGUCGGGGACGACGGCGAAGACGAGCGCACGGCAUCCGGACGGCGCGCACGGGCACCCCGACGGGACGACGGCUGCCGACGAGCGUUCCCGCGGCGCGCGCGGGCACCCGGAGGGCGUGAGAGUUCCCCACAUUCAGGCCCACCGCGCCCUGCUGGUCGUGUUCUCCCACACAGGCUCCGGAGAGGGCGCUCCGCACAGGGCCAGCCUUCUGCACACGGCCGAGCGCUCCAAGUUCCCGAUCCCUCCGGACAGUCCGCCGCUCCGCAGGGCGAAGAGGCAGCGGUACAGCCGUCGCAGGCGCCGGGUCGAGCCCGGGGACGUCGCCCGGGCCCCGCCCUCCAAAGACGAGAAGGAGAGCCUCUGCAGGAGGGUAGACAUGCACGUGGACUUCAACCAGAUCGGAUGGGGCUCCUGGAUCGUGUUCCCCAAGAAGUACAACGCCUACCGCUGCAAGGGCAUCUGCCCCACCCCUCUGGGGGAGGAGUUCCACCCCACAAAUCACGCAUACAUGCAGAGCCUGUUGGAGCAGCACCAGCCGGGCCGGGUCCCGGCGCCCUGCUGCGCCCCCGUCCGAACUGGUGCCCUCAGCAUGCUCUACUACGAGAACGGGGAGAUGACCCUCAGCCACCACGACGACAUGGUGGUGGAGGAGUGUGGCUGCCAGUGAUGAGCGACCGGCGCAACCACCCGAACCACAGCAGGAGAAUCCAGAAGAUGGAAACGAGAAAUACAAGAGAACAGAGAAGAAGCGUGAGCACAUCUCCAAACAGAAUGUGUCAUGUUUCAUUAUAGACCCCUUAGAGUUCCCAAGCACUGUGUUUGCAUUUAGAAUACGCCGCCCGGUGUGACAAUGUAAAUAUUUAUUGUAAAUAACAGGUAAAUAAAGUUUCAAUAUUUAUUAUUUAUGAUUCUUUUAGUAGAAGUCAUCACUAAAAUGCUAUUUUUUCAUGAAGAAAUAAAUUUCUAUAAAUGAUGAUUCUUUGAAGUGUUUUAUUCAGAGGGGGUCUAUAUUAGUUAUCAAUUUAUUAGCCUAGUAACAACAAACCGACAUAUUCGUCCUCUUUAUUCAGUAAGAGACUAACACGUAACCAAAGACUCAGCUAUGACUGAUGUUCUGAAAAUUCAGGAGAACAGGUAGAAGUUAAAAUUGAGUUAAUAUUAAGAUUAAACUCAGAUUAAGUCUGGUGUAGAUUAAAUUCGCUGGUCGCUGGCUCAGUCAGUCACUCACUCCCGUUUAGCAGGCUUGACAUUCUCCACCAGGGCGUUGGAAAUCGUGGCUGAACCGAGCGGAAGCCGAGAUUUGUCUACCUCUCCCUGUUUAUUCCACGCUUGCCUGCGUUAAGACUGCAAGAGGUUGGGGGGUCUGGGCCUUUGGCAAGCCACAAUAAUCUGCUAUGGAAGCAGAACUCCUCUAAACUCAAGACUGCGUCCGCAUAAUUCGUUUUUCUAGACUCCAGCGCAUUUAUUUUCCCGCUUAGAGUCCAAUUCAAUCCAACCAAAGUAAUUCCUCACUUCAGCCACACACGAGCCAGCAGUUGUACUGACUCCGCACCGGAUUUUACUUGACAAAUCCGGAAAA